AUGGGGUUGUCAGCUCUGCUGUUGUUGGCGUUGUGCGCUGCGAGUUCGCGGGCCCUGUACUUCCACAUCGGCGAGACAGAGAAGCGCUGCUUCAUCGAGGAGAUCCCUGACGAGACCAUGGUCAUCGGGAAUUAUCGCACCCAAAUGUGGGAUAAACAGAAGGAGGUUUUCCUGCCCUCGACGCCUGGCCUAGGGAUGCACGUGGAGGUUAAGGACCCCGACGGGAAGGUGGUGCUGUCCCGGCAGUACGGCUCCGAGGGGCGCUUCACGUUCACCUCACACACUCCUGGGGACCACCAGAUCUGCCUGCACUCCAACUCCACCAAGAUGACCCUCUUUGCUGGCGGCAGACUGCGUGUGCACCUGGACAUUCAGGUUGGGGAACAUGCCAACAACUACCCUGAGAUUGCAGCCAAGGAUAAACUGACGGAGCUGCAGCUCCGUGCCCGCCAGCUGCUUGACCAAGUGGAGCAGAUCCAGAAGGAGCAGGAUUACCAGCGGUAUCGUGAAGAACGCUUCCGUCUGACCAGCGAGAGCACCAACCAGAGGGUCCUGUGGUGGUCCAUUGCUCAGACUGUCAUCCUCAUUCUCACUGGCAUCUGGCAGAUGCGUCAUCUCAAGAGUUUCUUUGAGGCCAAGAAGCUGGUGUGA